AUGCCAGACCAACUAUAUCAGCCCGAAAAUCCGUAUGCUUGGGCUGAAAACGACAACGAAACGUUUGGAGUGCCCGUUGAGCGCUUCACAAAGCCGAUUCAUCGAGUUUUCCAUCAAAUAAAUUGUGUUACAGCGGCUACAAUGGGAUUCGUGACUACGACUCUCAUGAUUUAUUUUGUUUUGCAGCGCAACAAGUCGGAAUUGAAGCGUUACAGCAUGAUGCUGUUCAUGUGUUCGGCUACGGACAUGGUCUUUGUUCUGGGGACUUUUGUGAAUCAAGUGGUAAACUUGUUAACUUAAAAAAACGUUUUCUAGACUCCGACGUAUUUAAAAACAUAAAAAAUUUAAUUUUCCAGCAAAUCGAGUUGACCGACGGAGUAAUGUUUGUUGUGCAAAGCGGGCCAGUCACACAUAUCGACAAUUUCCCCAUUCGUUGUGGCCUAGUUUCUUGGGAAGUGUUUUCGCUGGGCCUGUCGGCUACAGUGCUCCCAGCUCAACAUUACUUUCGUUAUCGAUUGAUCAAAAAGUAAGUUUACUGGUUAAAAAAACGGAUUUUUUAUAUUGCACUUGCCAUUAAAACCGAAAGUUUUUUUUUCAGUCAGGCCUUAUCUCGAUGGGAAACUUUAUCGCUAUUCAUGUUAUCAGUUGUGGCUUCGUCUUGCGUGGCAUUUAUGGGCUAUCUAGCGCUGCGGUAUUCGGCUCAAAUUUGGCCUGGCUACAAUUAUGCAAAUUUGUUGAAAGAUACGUUCUGGUUCGGGCCAAACCAUCAAAUGCCGGUGAUGUUUAUUGUGAAUUUGGUAAGGAAACAAAGGGUUGUUGAUUUUCUUAGCUAGAAACGCAUUUUGACACGUCAUCAAAAUUUUCGACGAAAUGUCACAAAAUUUAUCGGAUUUUUAUCUAGGCAAAAGAAAGGCGUAAUUCUUGCUGAUUUUCUUGGCUAGACACGCAUUUUGUUGAUUUUCUUAGCUAGAAACGCAUUUUGACACUUCAUCAAAAUUUUCGACGAAAUGUCACAAAAUUAUCGGAUUUUUGUCUAGGCAAAACCAAGGUGUAAAACAAUAAAAAUUGGCUUGAAAUGCAUCUGUAAAGCCGUAAUAACCUCCAACAUUUCAGCGGCACACCUAUGGCUAUCUUUAUUUCGCCGCAGCAGGCACUGUUAUCGCUUCCAGUUACGGAUUUGCCCUUAUUCUUGGCUACAAAAGCGUGGAAUUGGGGCAUGCGACGAGGAAUCGAGCGAGUAAACGGACGCUCUACUUCCAACAACAAUUCGCAAGAGUUGUUUUAGUGCAGGUUGGUACUAUAAAUCAUUGCUUUACGAAGACAAAAUGCAUGAUUUUAAUGAUUUUUGCAAAUCUCGGGUCUUGCCACGAAAACCUGAUGGGAGUCUAAAGGCUUUUAAGAUAAUCCCAAAGUGGUUUCAGACGCCGUAUUUUGCUUUUAGCCAAUAAUUCCUUGCAUUUCAAACUAGUACGUUUGAAAGUUUUUGGUCCCGCCACGAAAACCUCAUGGUUUCAAAAUGUGGUCGGAAAUGUUUCAGAACAAUUUACCCAUGCUCUAUGCUAUAUUUCUUCUACUAAUCGGCACUUUUCAAUCAUUUUUACAAGUUUUGGGUCCCGCCGCGAAAACCUGAUUUUCAAACGCCUAACCUAAAUUUUUCAGACUCUAAUUCCAUUUUUGGGCUGUGUGGUGCCCUUACUUUUUAUUACAAUCACUGGUCUAAUGCGGAUGGAGAUCCGCGGAGCGGGCCUGUUGAUGAUCGGAGUUUUGGAUUGGCUGCCGUUCAUCAAUUCCAGCUGCACUUUAUACCUGAUUAGGCCGUUCAGAAUGAAAGUUUACGCAUUAAUUUGGAAAAAAUCCAACGCCAACGACUCCAAAGCGCCCACUUCCAGCUCGGAUCGGCUUGGAAAGACGGCGAAUGGACCAAGCGUGUUGCAGUCGUUGGGCCCAAAGUAG